AUGCCGCAGGGUGAAUCAACACAAGUAGUGUCCCCUUCUAAAGAUGCAAAUGCCUCUUAUAGAGGUCAUGGACUUCUUGGAGAGAAAAGACCACCAGCUGGAAACAGUACAACGACAGCACCACCAGUUCCUAAUGAUCCAGCUGGCAUUGUUCGAGGGUCGUCUUCUCGUAAUGCGGCAGCACGCAAUACCGCCGGAGGACUCAUCUACAAUCAGCAAAGCAAGGACGUCGGCAGCAACAUCUUGGAAGAGUUCGAAUUGUUUUUCGGUACCGUUGAGGAAACUCAGCGUGGCUUCAAUGUGGACCUUUUCAACGGCUCCAUUCCUCCGAAGAGUGGCGGGUCCGGGCUCAAAGACGUCCGUGAUUCCGAAUCUCGUAUGCUUUUGGAUAAUGUCCAGCAAUUUCUUGCUACCGAAGAGGGCCGCGAUCAUCAAAGUUACCUCUUCUUCAGACACAAGCACACGCUGUCAAGGCUUAGCAACCUGCAUUUGAAGAUCAGUUACGAAGACUUGCGCUGCAUCAUGCACUGCGUGAGAUGGCAGCAACAGAGUCUCCAGCGUCUGUGGGACUUGGAAACUGUUGUCGUGCCACCAGAACCGAAACUGGUGAGCAAUCGCAUCAUUGUUGGAGGACAGCCAAGUAUGUCUCCAACAGCGCGGAGAAAUGGCGGUCGUGUAGGAAGUGCUAACGAUCAAAGCAGCAUGGGUCUGAGUGCUAGGCCAGGCGGAGUCACAGGCACUACUGGCACUGCACAAACAGAUGCACACGCGCGCCAAGUUGUGGAUCAACAGCAACCUUCUAGUCCUUCUGGCCUGAGUGCCACUAUUCCUGUUGACCAGUACAGGUCUUGGGAUUUGCGAUGUCGCGGAGCCUCACUGGAACUGUUGAAUGAUGUGGGUCAGGAUGUCGCUUACCCGUUUUUUCGAUUGGAGCUCACGCGCUUUCGCGGUGUGUCAGAGCAUAUGUCCUUUUUUGAUCGCUCUUUGUUCAAAAGUAGGACUGUCUUAAGAACAAAUCGAGAUAUGUUCGGAGACUUGUACGCGGAAUACUUCAAUCCCAUCGCUGUGUG